AUGAGCCAGGAACAAAAAGUGAAAACGUUCUAUCCGAAGACACCAGUAGAGUUUAGUGCUACACUCUUAUCAGAGCUUGAUAACUCAAAUGAAUCAAACUAUACGAGGCAGCAGUAUGCCAAGCAAUUAGCGGAGUUGGAAAAAGAUGAGAGGGCUCAAUUGGGCGAUGCGCUUGAGAAAUCGCUAUUUACUGGUGGUGACGAUAAAACAGCAUCUACUGCAUCAGUAAAUAAGAAGUUAAAGACAGUGAGUGCAAAACUUCAUGCUCUAAACAACUUCGAGAAGGCCAAAUCUGAUGAGCUCAAACAAGCAGAAAAUGAAGUGGUUAAAUGCUUUAACGGAAAUCGUUCAAAGCCACUUUCAUGCUGGAACGAGGUUCAGAAGUUUAAGCAAGCAGCCAGCUCUCUAUAA